GUAACAGCAACAGCCUAGGACUAGGAGAGCGUUUGUCCAAUCGAGAGCUGAUUAUUAGAUUAGAAUUCUACUGUGUCUGUGUCUCACUUAGUCCUUUAAUUCAAAACCCAAACCCUACUCUAGUCUUCUCGUCGAUUCUCCAGGCUAAUAAGUUAGGGUUCGAUUCCGUAAUGGGAAGCAAAAGAGAAGAAGAGCGAAAUGAAAAGAUCAUUCGUGGUCUCAUGAAGCUUCCUCCCAAUCGGAGAUGCAUCAACUGUAACAGCUUGGGUCCUCAGUAUGUGUGUACGAAUUUUUGGACUUUCAUCUGUGUGACUUGCAGUGGGAUACAUCGCGAGUUUACUCAUCGUGUGAAGUCUGUAUCCAUGGCUAAGUUUACAUCUCAAGAAGUUGAAGCACUUCAAAACGGUGGUAACCAGCGUGCAAGAGAAUUAUAUUUGAAGGAUUGGGACCUUCAAAGGCAGCGAUUGCCUGAUAGCAGCAAUGUUGAUAAAAUACGUGAAUUUAUAAAGAAUGUGUAUGUAGAGAGAAGAUAUGCUGGAGGAAAGACUACUGACAAGCCUCCGAGAGAUGUGCAGAGCCUUAGAAGCAAUGAAGACGAGGCAAGGCGUGCCAGUUCUUAUCAUUCUUAUUCUCAGAGUCCACCUUAUGAUUAUCAAUAUGAAGAUCGACGGUAUGGAAAACAAUUUGCUGCGCUUACCAGGAAGCCUGGUUCGGAUCGAGGCCAUUAUGAGGGGAAGAUGUCUAGUUUUGUCUACAGUCCUGGUCGGUUAAGUGAGCCAAUGUACGAGGACCGGUUUGCAAAUGAGGGCUCAGUUUCCAGAGGUUCAGACUACUCUGUGUCUAGUGGAGGCGAUCCAUUCAGAUCUGGUGCAGAGUCUCCUAAUUUUCGCAAGGAUGUUAGAUUUAACAGCCCACCUGUUCAGACUUCAAGGGGUAGUUUAAGUGAUGACUUAUUUUUUCGAGCAACAAAUUCUUCUGAGACAAAUUCCAAAAGAGAUGCAGAUGGAAUUCCACGUCCACAGAGAACUGCUUCUUCAAGUAGCUUUGGAUCAGUGGAGAGCCACUCCCUGUCUUACAAGUCAUAUAACUCGGGUGGUUUAACAGAAGUUGUCUCAGAACCGGAUCAACCUGCAGGAAUUUUCCAGGGUACAGUGUCUACCCUUCCACGAUCAUCUGUUUCCGGAAAUUCUAGUAGUUUAGAUCUUUUCGAGGCACCCCUUGUACCAGAACCAGUCUCUUCUGCCGCUUCAUCCAUUGAUUUGUUUCAAAUGCCAGCAACAUCAUCGGCUCCAUCUCCAGCUUCAUCUGUGAAUGUGUAUCAACCUCCACAAACUUUUCCAUCGUCAUCCUUAAACUCCUUUCCAGAGAUUCCUCAGCAGCAGUCAGCUACAACCUUGGAUAGAGAAACACCACAAAUAUCUGUCCCUAAAAAUGAAGGAUGGGCAACGUUUGAUUCACCUCAGCCCACAGCAUCUGUUCCACAUGCUGAAAAUCCUACCCCUGCAAAAGUACCUUCUAGUGAUGUAGGCUCGUUGGAAAAGUUUGACCCAUUUUCAUCCUUAGAUACAAACAUACAAUGGCCAUCAUUUCAACUUGAAAGUGUUCAUGGGCCUUCUUCAAUAAUGUCUAAUCAAUGGCAUGAUGGUUUGCACAAUGUUCAAGCUCCCACGAUAGCAACAAGCACUCCGGUGUGGAAUGCAUUUGAAGAUUCCAUUGGGAACCUUCCUUUGAAUGCCAAUGUGAAAGGUAGUGAACUACAGCUAGAAACUCACAAUCUUUCAUCAACUGCUGAUCAGUAUUUGGGCUUUAGAGAUUUAGAGGACUCCUGUAAAGAUGGGAUUCAAAGAGAUGCUGUUUAUUUUCCCCCAGGUCCUACUGAACAGUCACAUGUCAUGGGGCCAUCCUAUCCUCUGAUGGGGGAGAUUCAAUCACAUGCAGUGGAUGUUAAAUCAAGAAAUCCAUUUGAUCUUCCUAAUGAUUCUGAUUUGGAACAGAGCAAUAUGUUGAGGAAUCGACUUUGGGAGCAUUGAAAAUAGAUAAACCCUGUAUUCCACCUCAUGAAACUUUUCUGGAAUCACAAACUUGAUGUGAGGAAUUGGAACAUCAACCUUUUCGACUUUAUCAAACUGUAGAUCUGCAUGCACCAUGGAUGAUUCUUCAAGUAUAGAGGCUUCUUGUUGUUUAGACUCUAUAGUAGAUUCUUCUGGUUGCUGAACAUUGAAACUUCAGUUGACACUUGCACUUCUUUGUCAAUAUCAAGGUCUGAUGGUACUUGAUUUUCCUUCAUUUGAGUAGUCAAGUCUUCAACAACCUUCAUUUGAUUAGCCAAGUCUUCAACAGUUUUCAUUAGAUUUCCUAAGUCUUGGCGUAUGGCAGAUACUUCAUGAGUGAGCUUUGCAUUGUUGCACUGCCUUAUACUUGUUCUUUGAUCUUGAAAUUGCCAUAAGAAGGUUGUUGUAGAUCCUUGUGAAAUACUGUGGGAAAUUUACAAUACAACGAUCUUCUUUCAUUCUUUCCCAAGUAAUUUGAGACCAAUGGCAUCUAAAGUGAAGGCUCGCAUCUUAUGUGGAAGACUUUUGGGGGGGUUGGGGGGUGUUCUUGAAUAUCUU